CUCAGCACAGAUCCGGUCGGGAUUCCUGUAUGAAGUUCCUUCCUGUUCUUAUCUUGGUGGGUAGUGCAGUUGUUUACCCCCAAAGUUUGAAACUUUUUCAAAAUCCAAUGGGUUCAAUUGCCUCCAAUUCACACUAUGUUACUCAAUGCCCCCGACUCCAACGUACCUUAGGAGUAAUGCAUUUACAACUUUACUCCUACUCUUCAAUUGUCGGUGUCUCUAGGCCAUAGCUGAAAACGAAUUUGAAGACAAUACAUAUAGCGAAGGAAACGAAAUUGUCUUGGCUUCAAAGCUAGGAUUGAUGAGUGGGGGGCCAUGGAAGACAAUGCAUGGCAAAUGGUGGAGAAGAAAGGGAACCAAUUUGUGGUUAACGACCGACCUUUCUAUGUUAAUGGAUUCAACACUUACUGGUUGAUGGUAUUUGCUGCGGAUCAAUCCACCAGAGGAAAGGUCACCGAUGCGUUUAAGCAAGCAUCUUCAGUGGGACUAACAGUUUGUAGGACUUGGGCAUUUAACGAUGGACAAUGGCGAGCUCUUCAGAAAUCUCCUUCGGUCUACGACGAGCAAGUUUUCAAGGCCCUGGAUUUUGUGGUGAGUGAAGCAAAGAAAUACAAGAUCAGGCUCAUAUUGUCAUUAAGUAACAACUGGGAUGCAUAUGGUGGCAAAGCACAGUAUGUGAAAUGGGGAAAAGCUGCUGGCCUGAAUUUAACAUCAGACGAUGACUUCUUCUCCAAUCCUACCCUCCGGGGGUACUACAUGGCGCAUGUUAAGACGGUGCUUAAUAGAAUAAAUACACUCACAAAUAUAACUUACAAGAACGACCCCACUAUCUUUGCGUGGGAACUAAUGAACGAGCCACGUUGCACCUCGGAUCCCUCUGGAGAUAAACUACAGUCAUGGAUACAAGAAAUGGCAGUUUAUGUGAAGAGCAUUGAUCCAAAACACUUGGUGGAGAUUGGUUUGGAAGGGUUUUAUGGCCCCUCAACACCUAACAAAGUUCAGUUCAACCCAAAUAAAUAUGCUCAGCACGUGGGAACUGACUUCAUUAGGAACCAUCAGGUUCUUGGUGUUGAUUUCGCUUCUGUUCACAUUUAUGCAGACUCUUGGAUUUCAAAAUCAAUUUCUGAUGCCCAUCUGAAAUUCACAAAGUCAUGGAUGGAAGCUCACAUUGAAGACGCAGAAAAAUAUCUUGGGAUGCCAGUUGUGUUUGGUGAAUUUGGUGUAUCUGCAGAGGACCCUGGCUAUAAUCCGUCAUUCCGGGACAACCUUCUCGGCACAGUGUACAAGACCCUAUUGAACUCUACGAAGAAGGGAGGGAGUGGAGGCGGGAGUCUCUUGUGGCAGCUAUUUCCUGAAGGGACAGACUACAUGGAUGAUGGAUAUGCAAUUGUUUUAUCAAAAUCUCCUAAAACGUCAAACAUCAUAUCCCUUCAUUCCUCAAGACUUGCGGUCGUUAACUCCUUAUGUACUUGGAAAUGCCGUUGGGGCUGCAGGAAGAAGCAAUGAACAUGGUUUGGAGACAUCCCUCUGGAAUGAGGAUGUGAAAAAAUUAAACAUGAGAAAGAAAAUGUCCGAAUCAUCAUGUGGUGGGAAAACAAAAGGGUAGUAUGAUAUUUCCAGCAUGCUUUGGCGGAAUCAUAAGCGCGCGCACCAGCAUUGCUUUAAUCGAAACCUGUCUUUGCCAUCUCAGAGCAAUGGCAUUGGCCUGGCCUGGCUUGAGCUUUGAGCUUAGGCCAGUCACUGUUUAUUGACCAAAUAUUAUUUUAUUAAUUAAACUUAUCCCAACAGUUUAUUGGAGGGAGCGUUUACGUUGGUCUCUGUUUCAUGACUCGGCUGUGUUUCUUUUUCCUUUUUAAUCUUUUUGGAUUGUUUGUGAAUCCAUGGCUGUAAAUCACACUGGAAUGGAAAUAUUCUUUACUGUCGUAUUAUGAUUGUGUAUGAAA